AACUCAUCAUCACAAAAUGGCUUCCUAAAUUUCAAUUUUUACUUAAAUAAAAGUUUAUCACAAGAAAUUCUAUUUAGAAAUUGUGUCAAGUAUUAAAAACAACAAUGGCUGGUCCACUAAGGUUCGGUAAACUUGUUAGUCUACAAUUGAAGAGAAGGACACCAUUUUUGACAUCUAAACAAACCUUGAAUAGCUUGCAUAAUCAUUGUACAAGGAAGACGCCAGCAACUUUUGUUUACAUCGACAACGGUCCUUCAUUUAGAAACUUUCCUCGAUAUUUUUCAACAAUUUGUACACCUGAAAAUGAAGUUGAAACUUGUUUUUAUGAAGUGAAAACAUUUGGAAAAAUAAACAUAAAAUCUCCAUUUAAAUUAGACGUUCAGCCCUUAAAACCCUUAGACUAUCCUGAGAUGAAUCAAUUCAUAUGUGAAAUUUUUGACCACAACGAUCCACCAAGUAAAUCAGCAAGUGGAUUCCACAAGUUCUAUGGUAUGGGUGUUUCUAUUAAUGACAAAAAGGACAUUGUUAAUGUUGAUAUUGAAGUUGCUGAAGGCAUUGAGCUGCCUUUGACAUGCUCAAUAAAAAUCCCCAUUAAAUUCAACAUCAAUAUAGAAAGUGGUGAUGAACCUGUAUCAGUGAAAGGUUUUGAAGCAGACACCAUUAAUAUUACAACUAAAAAAGGUGAUUGUCUCCUUGAGAAAUUAAGGUGUGGGAACGUUAAAGUGGUCAGUCAAAGUGGUGACAUCAUAAGUGCGACUUUACUACAGGGCAAUAUAGAACUCCAAACUGGAUGUUCUGGAUCAAUUUCAGGAGACAGAUUUCAAGGUCAAAAUAUAAACUGUACUUCAGAGCAUGGAGGUGUGAAAAUCAAGUCUCUUUAUGCAGACAAAACUCUCAUCCAAGCUAAAUCAGGAACAACUCAUUUAGUAAAUUGCCAUGGAACAACUAAUAUUGAGCAGGAUAGUGGUAAGAUUAAAAUAGAUUCUGCUAGUGGUGAUUUGCAUGGAAAAAUCAACCAAGGAGACAUUGCUGUUUUUGUGGCAGAUUGUGGCAAAAUUAAUUUUGAGGCAAACCAGGGCAAUGUUGAUAUAAAAUUAAUCGAGAGUGUGGCUACAUAUUUUGAUCUUGAAGGACAAUCUGUUGAAAUAAAUGAAUCGAUUAAACAUGACAGAAAUACAUCUACCAAUAAUUCUGAAUCUCAGCUCACACUGUGUGGAACAAUCAAUGGUGGAAGUGAUUCGUCUUCAUUAACAGUGAAAACCAAACAGGGACAAAUCACUAUAGGCCAACAGGACUGGUUUUCAUCUUUGAAUUUGUCUUCUAGAUGAUAAACUUUAUCAGCCUCUCUCAACGAACGCUUACAAAUUAUUAUUGAAAUAUUUCAUUUAAAGGUAUAUUUGAUGAAAGAGGAUUUUGUCUUAUUUUCAAUUCACAUAGGAAUCUUUAUCAAGUAUAAAAUGAAUUCUUGCUUUUAUUAAAAUUUAUCCUAAUUUUUUGCUUGAUUAGGAUUCCCGUUUUGUGAAUUGAAACAUUGCUAAAAAUGAAGUAGUAUUUGCCAGUUUUUGCUAAGAGAGUAUCAAGAUAUUUAGAGUAUCAAGAAAAAACCCCAAAAUAACCAUGAAAAUAGAACCUAUUUAUUUGUAUACUGAAAGUUAUGUUUUUGUAUGAUUUAUUUAUGAUGGGUAAAGAUUUUUUCCUGAGUUCAGUUUUUAUCUGCUUUGCUGUGAUUAAUAUUUUGUGGUACAUUUGACUGUCAUGUGUUUAUUUUUUUUUAUUUAAAAAUACUCUAAUUGUCUUCAU